CAAUCCUCGAUUCCUCAAACACCGGCGGUGUAUUCAUUUGAAUGGUAACACCAAAACGCUAGCUGGAGAUAGAGUGGAGUUGCGUUUUGAGUUUAACCAGUUUUUUAUGUUUUGGAUUUACACACCUGGGGAGCAUUUAUUGGACCGCACAAAAUGAAUCGUGUCCCUUAUUAUGGCAGCUGGUAAGCAUGUCUUGCAACGGGACGUCGGUAAGAUCAACCAUAAUAAAUCCAAUGGCCUUCUGCGAACAUCUCUGCAUGUUUCUACUCAAAAGAACAUGAAGCAGGUGGAUAUUAUUAAUAAGGAAGAAUUAGAUAAGGACAGAUUUCAGGUGCAUUUCAAAGCUCAGAAUCCAGGCAAAGUGAAGCGACUGUUAUCUUACAAAAGGAAGAGUUGUGCAUCGGCGGAGGUGGGCAUAAAGCUGCACCGCAGAUCAUCAGAUGUAGGCCAUCCCCGUGACCCCGGCAUGGCCAACAAAGAAAAUGAGCUGACGUGCUCGAGUGAUGUGCGGGGCAUUCGCUGUUACGACAACUGUGGGCUGCCAGUGAACUCUGCAGAGGGCUCCAAGAUGGCAGGGACCAGCUCCAAAUACAGUGAUUUUACAGAGCUAUCGAAGGACCAUGAGGCUAUGACUCACAUCCUUUUUGGAAGAGAUCUUCGACUCAAAGUAGCCCUAACACUAUGGCGAAGAAAUGCCAGUGAAUUAGUGGCCUACUUGAUAAGAAUACAAGAUACAGGCGUAUUGCUUGACUGCUUACCUGUCUUAACAAACAACCUUCAAACUGAAGCACCAUGUUUGUCACUUGGCUGCUGUGUUGACCUCAUGCCCCACGUCAAAGUCAUCCUUGCCAGUAAAUACGAAGAGCACAUUAUGGUGGUUUUACACUGGGUUCAAUCCGUCAUCAAGAAAUGGUGGCCAGAGCUUUCAAAAAACGAGAAGAGACUGCGGGACAGUUGUUCAGAAGACAGGAAUGUUGACGUCAUGAGGCAACGACUGAAGGAUUUAUGGAAGGAAGGAGCCCGAUUAUGCUCGAUUCCAGGAUCUGUGGGAGAAGUGGCAAAGGCCAUCGAGGCUUAUCUAUCACAGCUGCCCUGACGGCUGUGAAUGUAGCAUUCUGAGGAUGUGACCACUACUGCCGACUGCCGGCUGUGUUUUCAACCGAUAAUGUUGCCAGAGAAAUGGACUGGUUCAUUCUAUUUACACUCAAAUCUCUAAAAUGGAACUGAAUUUGACAAUUCAGACAACUCCCCUCAGUUAGAGCUGGAGACUCCUAAGGAAGGCUGCAAAGGCCUUCCUGCGCAGAAAAUGACUGCUUCACAUUGAAGUGGACCGUCUUGUGAAGGGGCAUGUUUAGUGGACCUCCAUGAGACAGGGCGUAAUGUCGCUCUAUGAAGUGCCAAUGUCUUUGUCUCUUGCUACACCACUCUUCGUUAAGUUUUAAAUGCCCUGUUUUGUGUUUUGCACCUGGGUUCUCUAGAAUCAGGUGCUUGAGUCUGCAAGAGUCUACUUAUUUUCUUGUUUUCACUUUGCCUCUUACUAUGACAUGUGGGUGUGUAAUGUAAAAUGUCUAAACAAGUGAUUCUUUUAAUCUUUUAAAUAAAUUUGAUAAAAAUCAAAUCCUUGUUUACACUGUUUCCAUAUACUUUCUGUUAAGUAAGUAUAAGUAAGUACAUAAGUAUGUUGAAAAAACUUUUUAAAUGGGAC